UGCCCGCACGCGGCCGGCUGGGAGCUCAGGAGAGACUGCGACUCCCAGGAGCUCCCGCGCGAGGAACCACAUCUCCCAGCAUGCUGCGCGCCCCGCCGCUCCCAGCUUUGCUGCGUCUCCCCUGCUUUGCCAGAACCGGACUGUGGCUUCGGGUGAGGACGGGAGCAGCCCGUCCUUCCGGGCACUACGGUGUCCCGCGGGGGCUGUGCGGUCUUGGGCUUGGGCUUGGGCUUGCGCCUGCGCGGCACAGCGGUCUCCAUGGUGGCGCCCGCGGGAGCCAAGACGAGCCUCCGCCACGAUCCGUUUCUUGCAGAAAGGCCGCGCGGAAGCUUUCCCGCCUGCUUCUCUUCUUCGAGGCCCACCUGGCUCCGCCGUUCUGGGGAGCAGGCGGCUCAGAGGCUGUGCGGACCCACGGUUCCAGGCUGGGCCUUCCCCGGCGGUCCCCUGAAGGAGGAGGGCAGCGCACUGGUGCUGGUUCAAGGAUGGACGCGGCCAAGGUUUUUUUUCCAGGUUGCCUUCUAAUGGAAGAAAAUGGAGUUGAUCAUGAUGUCAGCAUGGAGAGAGCCAAAGACUUACUGGUAGUCAACUUGAAUAGGACGGGAGAGUCAGAAACACAUGGCCAUUCGUUUCAGCAUCUAACCUGCAUGGAUUCCAGAGAACCGUCAUUUGGACAGAACAACUCUCCAGCAGUCUUGCCCAUUACAGUGCACGUUUCGGACAGUUCUUCUGCACCUUCAAAUACAGCAGUUCACCUGUCCCAGCAGCAGCCUCCUUCCAUAGAAGAAUUUCAUCUAGUAGACCCGAAUGGUCAGCCUCUCUAUGAGCUUCAGUCAAUAGGGGGUUCCAGUACACAGAUGAUGAUUGUUGCCAGCCAGUCAGAAAAUGGACAGGUACUACAUGUAAUACCUUCUACCCAGCCAGGAAUGGCGCAAGUGAUUAUUCCUCAAGGGCAACUUUUGGAUGUAACCAGCGCUCAAGAUGUUUCAGAAGAUAAACGCAAUGCUGGGAACUUACAGACUGUUGCAGUGGCUGCUAUUGCAGAUGGUACAAGCAGUUAUAUCCUUCAUCCUCACGCGUCCCUCACAGUCUCCAAAAAGACAGGUUCCAGGAUGGUGGAAGACCCUUUUCCUGUCCCUCUUCAACCACUACCCCCAAACACUCCUGCGUGGGCUCGUCGUCUCAGGCACUGUGAGAAAAUUGGGGACUCGUACCGUGGCUAUUGUGUGAGCGAGACAGAAUUAGAGAGUGUUCUAACGCUACACAAGCAGCAAACACAAAGUGUGUGGGGGACACGCCAGUCUCCAAGCCCAGCCAAACCUGCCACACGGUUGAUGUGGAAAUCUCAGUAUGUCCCAUAUGAUGGGAUCCCUUUUGUCAAUGCAGGAAGUAGAGCCAUUGUGAUGGAGUGCCAGUAUGGGCCAAGGAGGAAAGGUUUCCAGCCCCGAAAAGCUGGCGAGCAGGAACAUUCCUCAGGCCAUCUGUACAAAGCCACUUGUCCAGCGCGAAUCUAUAUUAAAAAGGUUCAAAAGUUUCCUGAGUACAGAGUUCCUACUGACCCCAAAAUUGACAAGAAAAUCAUACGAGUGGAGCAAGAGAAAGCAUUCAACAUGCUGAAGAAGAAUUUGAUGGAUGCAGGAGGGGUUCUCAGGUGGUAUGUGCAGUUACCCACCCAGCAAGCGCACCAGUACCAUGAAAUGGAGCCCUCCUGCCUUCCUCUUUCACCCUCCCAUUUCCCCAUAUCUUCUCCUGAGGAAGAGGAAGAUGGACUGAGAGAUGAGAACUGUGCUUUGCCCUCUCGACUUCAUCCGCAAGUAGCAGAUAAAAUCCGAGAACUGGUAUCUCAGGGAACAGAACAAGUGUAUGCUGUGAGGAAACAACUAAGAAAAUAUGUGGAACGAGAGCUUUUCAAACCGGAUGAAGUGCCAGAGAGGCAUAACCUGUCUUUUUUCCCCACUGUGAAUGACAUCAAGAACCACAUCCAUGAGGUGCAGAAGUCCCUGAGAAAUGGGGAGAUGGUGUAUAACUCUGAAAGCAUCCCAGCAACGCUGCAGUGGACCACAGACAGUGGGAAUAUAUUCACGGAGACAGUAACUGUUACAUUUGCAUCACCACCUGCAGAGGGGAGCUCACCAGGAGAAUCCGUCAUCACCAAAGUGGAACGCAGUCAGACUGAGGAGUCCUUGCCUCCGGAGACAGCUCAGCUAUUGUCUUCACUCUCAUCGCUCCGGCCCAAGAUAUUUGCACAACUUCAGGGAUUGCAGCUGCAGCCAACAUAUGCCUCUACAGAUGGAGCAACAGCCCUCAUAGCUGUAAAUAGCCACUCUCUUCCCAGCCCCGCCAGCCUUCUGGAUUCCAUAGGGAGUGCAAUAACUAACCACUCUCUAGUACUCAGCCAAGGACAUAACCUUCAAACAGGUGCCAAUUUAACGCAGGGCAACAUUAGUGCUUCCAGUCUUGGAAAUCUGCCUGUACCAGAUCAAAAUUUGGUUGCUAUGGGCCAACUGGUAACUGUCAGAGGUGUGGAGGACACAGGAAACUUGGAAGGAAGUAUCCAUCAGAUUCUUUUGGGAGAUGUACAAACUAUUCCAAUACGGAUAGUGGACAACCACCCAGCUCUCAUUGAAGAAAAUCCUGAAGGUACCGUAUGUGUGGGCCAAGUUAAACAAGAACCCAGAGAACAAGCAUUGUCUGUAGAGGGAGAUAAAAUCAGAGACUGCCACAGUUCCUCCACUAUUUAAAUCUAUGAAUGCUUUAAGGAUUUGCAACUCAGAGGACUCUACAUUUCUUGGAAAAGAAGGCGAAUAUUCUCAAAAUAAUGCCAUUCUUCAAAAUGGCAUUGUGACAUUCAGCAUAGGCACCAUGCACUAGUUCUGACAGACAGCUGCUUUGAUUUACAGCUGAUACGGUUCACUGCCAAUUCCAGGUCAUGCAGUUCCCAUGUGGAGCACGACCUCCCUCUUCCUUCCAAAUUUUGGGUAAUUCAUAUAUUAUCCAGACUGGUCAGUGUUUCAGCAGGUCUUCCACAAUUAAAUCCAUGAGUUCUAUAAUGUGGGUCUAAAAGCUGCUCUUGCUAGACUCUUUGAAACCCUUUCUUGUCUUGGUGCUCCGUAGGCGCACAAUCUGCCCUGAAAUAUUAAUUGUAUCUACAAUGACAAUAGUUUUAUGGGAAAACUAAUGUCUUUGAAAACCAAGAUGCUAAACUUAAGAGUGCUGAGGGAUAGCAGACAUUUGAAAAAUGUGGACUAGAACUCUAGGAGUUUUAGUGAAGUAAAGAUAAAGAAAAAAAGGGAAAGUGCUGUUGCCACAUGAAAGCAAAGAUGUAUAAUGAACAGAAGUGUAUGGAUUGAAGUGGUAAAGGAGUCUUUAUGUUUUGCCACUUACAUUUAGCCUUCUGGCAUUUACAAUGGGGUUUAUUUUCUCAGCCUGCAGUCUUUAUUCUGAAAGGGCAGCUGCCCAGCUGGUCAUAAUAACCAAAAGCAACAGUCCUGUCUCUUGGUGAAUGAUUACUUCAGCUUAUUUCUCUUUUACUUUGUGCACUUACACCAUGCAUUCAGAUAAGCAUUAUACAGUUUAACACAUUGAUGUUUACAGGGAAGGUAUUAGUGGUACCAUGCUACAAAAGAGCCUCCCAAACCUUUAGCUACCUGAGGAAUUGAUACAAGCAAUAGGAAUACAAGCAAUAUGCAUAAGUAUGCUGUUUUCAGUAUUCAGAGAAUAAAUGUGUGUCUCAAAUUUUAACCAGAAACCAGUUAAAAGUCCUUUUCGGAUUUAAAAAGGUUCUGUAUUGUUUCUAAUAGAUUACAGGUAUAUUUAAGGAGCGAAUUCAAUUAAGAUUAGAGGAAUUUUUUUUCUACAUCAUAUUCCAGCAUUAGCUAGGCCCCUAUUAAGCAGCAAAAAUAGUCAUAGUCAGCAUGACAAGCAUCAUUCUUAACAAAUGCCUCAUACUUUCAUAAAGUAUAUACAAAUCAGUUUUAAGCACUAAGUGAAAUUUAAAAAAAGGUCCAUUAUAACUUCCAAAUUAACUCUAAUUGGUUUGCUUCAGCUACUGAGUUUUAUUCUGUCAUUCUCAACCACUAUAGGUAAAGCUUUAACAGCAUUUCCACUAUUAAUCCCUAUUUCAAGUGAUUGAUAACUCAGUAAUUUUUAAUAAAUCAUUAUAACUUGUAUGACUUUCAGAAACUUGACCCAAGAACUUUUUCCAUUUACAUAUUCAUCCCAAAAAAACAGCUUGUCAAUUUUAACUACUGAUGUGAAAAAAAGAAAGAAUUGUAAAUGUUUGUAGAUGAAAGGAUAAAAAAAUGAUACACUUAACAUAUGCAAAGAAUGUGCAAAAAUCUAUAACUAUUAGACAUUUGAAAUUAUUUUUGACCUUACUAUUUUGUCCUUACUUUUGUGAAUUUAAGCUAAAACUCCUUGAAGGCUCCCAUUACACUUAGGAUCUCCAAAUUACUUUACUUGCACAUCAGUUAGGUAAGUACUGUGCUUAACCAUACCUCCAAAUAUUUUUACUUCUGUGAGUUUAACAUAUACUACUAACACAGUUUGUUUUAAUAUUAAUGGUUUAGUUUAAUCUAAGAUUUCAAACAGGGUCUGUGUUCUUAGGUAAGAGCACAUUGUGGGGACAUUGAGAAUUUCUAGUUCUGUGGAGUAUCCUAUAUUAUGUUUAAACUCAUUUCUUUUUGUGGUAUGCCUCAUACAUUUCUGUAUAAGUAAAUCCAAUGAGAUCUUGCCUUUCAGUUUAUAUUUCUGUUAACAUUGUGGCACAUCUAGAAUGAAUUAAUGUUCAGUCCUGCUUCAUUCACUGCACUGGAGUCCACAGCAUAUAGAAUUAUUUUUUUUCAAAUUUAGUCAACAGUACGUUAAAAAUUGAUACCUCCUCCCCCUCAACAGCUGUUUAGUAUCAGUUACCUUCUACUGCUUGUUUUUUUAUUUCAACCAAUACAUUCCAAAUUAAAACACCCUCUUCCAUACUUCAGUAUUAUUAAUCUGAAAGUUUGAGUCAAAAGAGCAAACUAGAAUUAAAUGUUACCAGUGUUAGGUUACAGAUUUUUUACAGUAAAAAACCUAAGUUCACAACAAUUUUAAAUUCUCACUGUUCUUGUUUCUCCAGGGAGCAGGAUACUCAUUUAAUAGUUACUGUUCUUCCUAAUUUGAGUCAUUAAUUAUCUGAUCUACAAUAAACAAGGAUAUAAACUUCUGUUCAUGGUGAUGCAGACUGUUAAAGGAAAUACUUCUUCCAUUCAUUUUCAAUAGCAGCCUGAGUGCCUAUUUAUAAUCUACCUGGAAUUGCACACUACUCUGUAAAGAAUAGAAUAAAAAUGUUGCCAUUAAAAGGAGAUAAGAUAUUAAAGGGCAGCAAUGUAGUAGAAUAAAUUACAAACAAAUAAAAAUGUUACAAGCCUAUUUCUCUAGUUUGUUCAUAGAAACAUGAAAAAUCAUUUGUUUUUCAUUUUGAACUGCUUUUUUUUGCUGAAACUCAUAGUUUACAAAAAACUUUAGCGUCUCAAAAUUCGAAUUCUUCUAUCCUUUAAAUAUAGACUCAGGCUUUUUGCUAGUGUCAUUCUUUGAGAUACCACAGUCCUCCCUCAUACAAAGUUAUGUUUAUGUAAUUUGUCAUGUUUCACAAAAAACUGAAGUGAACUGGGCACAUAGGCCCAGUCAUUGUACUCAGAUUGAUAGUGGACUAGUUUUCAGUGGAAGGUUACAGUUGAGAGAGACCUUUCUUCUCUCAUGUAUACUUGUGUAAAUCAGAAAUAAAAUGCAUUGAUUUCAAUGCAGUCAGACUGGUUGAGUGAGAGACCAAUCAAGCCCAGUGCUUUUUUGAGAAUGUUGCAGUAAGAUCCAUAGAAAUUUGGGUUUGAGUUUACAUUGAAAGCAGUUGGUUAUGAGUUUACAGUAGCAGUGGUUCUAAUGUUACAUCCAUUUCUUUAGGGUUGUCCUGUUCAAACCUUUACUUUCCAUGCCUACUAAUGUUGAGCUUCCACAUUUGUUUAAAACAGUCUAAUUCUUUACUGAUCUUUCCUCUAUGUAUCAGUUGCUAAUGGCAGCAAUCGGUCAGUUACAUAAGGGCUUUGUGUGUGUGUGCAUGCUCGCAAAAACUCUGCUAAAAUGCAGAAAAAACACUUGAGAGAUAUGAGUCUGUUUUAUGAAAGAAAGAUAGAAGCCUCUCAGAUGGAAGCCAACAGAGUCAACUGGUCACCUGUUCCUUUUUGUGUUAUUGAGACACAAGCUUGAUGGUGUGCUUAUGAGGAAACUUUCAGCUUGUACGAAGUCUAAAGAGAGGAAUGUACAUGUAUGUUUGUGUAUAUACAUUUGUG